AUGAAGAACUCAAUCCCAUCGGACGUGUGGGAGAGAAAGAAGGCGAUGAUUGCGAAACUGUACAAAGAUGAGGAGUGGCCUCUAAAGCAAGUCAUCAAGAAGAUUCGCUCGGAUGAUUUCAACCCAAGUGAAACACAACUGCGGAGCAGAUUAAAGAAAUGGCGUGUUACCAAACCAUCCCGCCAGACGCGCAAGAAGUCUUCGGAUGACCAACAAGAGGCCUCGGGCAACGAUGGCAGUCAACGGGGUCAAUCGUCUUCGGUAUCACCCAAGACCAAGUCGCGUCCUAUGCAACAUUCCACUGCCCAUGUGUCUGCCUCCGAGCCCGAGUGGUUUCUCAGCAAUGGUAUCUAUUCUCGUCAUGAAGGACCGCAUGCCACGGCGUCAUUUGACGGCCGCUCCUCGACCAGCUCUCCAUCGGUGGCAGUCUUAUCUGGGUCAAAUCCCUACGAUCCGUCACAUGCGUCGCCGCUCGUGGACGGUGUUUUACUCGACCCGUCUAUGACAUCUCCGUUCCAUGAACCUUCAUAUACUGUCACCACCGAUUGCAUGCAACCACCAGUGUCAACAACGGCACCUGUGCAGUGGUCGCUUCCUCAAUGGUACUCCAUGGCUCUGGAAGCCGGGACCCAACAUCCGUCGAUGCCAUUUUUUACUACGGCGCCUUUGAGUCCGCCGAUCGACCAUGCAUUAAUGAUGCCGCAGCAUCCCCAUGGGGUCUACCCCCAGUCUCCUCGAGCUUCCAGCUUCUCUACGCAGCAUAUGCCUAAUUACCACGACGAUGCGAAGUCCUGGCAACGCGCCGUCUCUGUCCCAUACAUUCCGGAUGCCGCGGGCGGCCAUCCGAAAAUGGACCCCAAGGGCAGACAGCACACCCCUCUGGAGGGGAAGACGCCGCUGCCUUCCAAAGCAUCCAGCCAGCCUCCGGUUGGUCUGAUGACUCCUCCUUCCCCUUUCUACUCUAAUGGCCAGCACCCCGUUAUGUGUGCUCCUAUGUAUCAUUACCCAGGCCCCGAGCCCCUUGUACACAAGCCGUCGAGUAUCGAUUUCUAG